AAAUCCGUAAAUAGUAAUAAAUCUGGAAAAUAAAUCUAUAAGAAGAAAUGAUGUUAAAAAAAUAAAAUAAAAAGUUUCUAUUAGGAGAAACAAGAUUUUUUUUUUUUUUUGGGUUUUCUCUUUAAAAUGGAGUCAGAAGAGUCAUAACACACAGUAAGAAGAAGUGGGCAAAAAAAGCGAAAACAAAAGUCCAUUUUAUUUUUUUUCCCCACUAGUCUUCGUUCUAAACACAUCACCCAUACUCUCCAUCAUCAUCGCCAAAAUCCCCAAAGAACCUCAGAUUAGGGUUUCUCUUUCACUGAUUGAUCUGCAAGUACUGCUCUUAUAUAUUUCGAAUUCUUAGCGUAACCAUGGAGAAUCAGCAGAAGCGGCUCGAGCCGGAGUUGACUGCUUUGGCUCGUCGCGAAGAGAGUUCGGUCAGGGGAAUCGAUCUUAUGAGAGCUGGUCAAUGCGAGGAGAUCGCUGCAACCCAAGUUCCUGCUCUCCCUGGACCUGCCCCGACGAUGGGCUUAUCCAUUGAGCAAGAGGCCAAAGUUGUUAAUGAAGCCGCCCCUGUAAAGCGAAAACGGGGACGGCCUCCGAAGGCACAGGCUAAGACGCCGUCGCAAACUCGGCCACCGCCGCCGCAGCGGCAGGAAGAAAAGGAAGAAGAUGUCUGCUUUAUUUGCUUCGACGGCGGAGACCUCGUUCUCUGUGAUCGACGGAACUGCCCCAAGGCAUACCAUCCAGCUUGUAUUAAGAGAGAUGAGGCAUUCUUUCGAACAACGGCUAAAUGGAAUUGUGGUUGGCACAUAUGCGGUACAUGCCAAAAGGCUUCCAGUUACAUGUGUUAUACAUGCACUUUUUCUGUUUGUAAGCGGUGCAUUAAAGAUGCCGACUAUGUGAUUGUGAGAGGUAACAUGGGUCUUUGUGGCACAUGUAUUAAGCCUAUAAUGUUGAUUGAGAAUAUUGCUCAAGGAGAUAAUGAAGCGGUUAAGGUGGAUUUUGAUGACAAGCUCAGUUGGGAGUAUCUAUUCAAGGUAUAUUGGCUUUGCCUGAAGGAAGAACUGUCUCUAACGGUCGACGAGCUUACUAAAGCGAAUAAUCCAUGGAAGGAGGUUCUUAACAUGGCUCCUAAAAUGGAGUCACGAAAUGAUCGUACCCAUAACAAAGCUCAUUCUUCAGACAAUUCAGCUUUAGAUGUAGCAGUGAAUGGAACAAAAAGAAGAAGGACCAGUGAUUCCCCCACCUUGCCCAGCAAGUUGGAUGCCAAAAACCCAAGUAAUAUUCUAAAGAAGCUUCCUGAAGAUACAAACUGGGCAACGAAAGAACUCCUCGAGUUUUUGUCGUUCAUGAGAAAUGGCGAUACAUCGGUUCUUUCUCAGUUCGACGUACAGGGUCUUCUGCUUGACUAUAUUAAGAAAAAAGAUCUUAGGGAUCCUCUUCAGAAGUCUCAAGUGAUUUGUGACCUAAUGCUUGUGAAGUUGUUUGGAAAACAGCGGGUAGGCCACUUUGAAAUGCUUAAGCUUCUUGAGUCUCACUUCCUUAUUCAAGAGAAGCCGAAAGACGAGAAAACCACCAACGGUGAAACCUCCCCUGCUGUUCCUAGCCAAAUAGAGGAGGAUAUUGUUCAUGAUCCACCGGUUAGGGAUAGAAGACGGAAGAUGCGUAGGAAAACUGAUACUGAUAGCAGAGUACAAAACGAAAAUCUGGAUGCAUAUGCAGCCAUUGAUGUUCACAAUAUUAAUCUGAUUUAUUUGAGACGUAAAUUUUUAGAGACUCUACUUGAUGAUGUCAACAAAGUUCACGAAAAGGUGGUAGGCACAAUUUUGAGAAUUAAGGUAUCUGGAAGCGACCAGAAGCUGGAUAUUCACAGGCUUGUUCAAGUUGUAGGUACAAGCAAGGCAACAACAUCCUACCAACUUGGCGCAAAGACUACAGAUGUUAUGCUAGAAAUAUUGAAUUUAGACAAGAGAGAAGUCAUCUCGAUUGAUCAGUUAUCAGAUCAGAAUGUCACAGAGGACGAGUGCAAACGGCUGCGCCAGAGCAUUAAAUGUGGACUCAAUAAACGUCUAACCGUGGGUGACAUUUUGAAGACGGCAGCAACACUGCAAGCCAUGAGAAUCAAUGAGGCUCUGGAAGCUGAGAUAUUAAAGUUGAAACAUCUCCGUGAUCGGGCCAAAAAGAUAGGGCUUCUAGAAUCACCUGAGGAACGCCAGCGGCUUCUGCAGGAAGUCCCAGAAGUUCAUACAGAUCCAACCAUGGAUCCGAGCCAUGCAUCAGCGGAAGAUGCAGGGUUGGGUACGAGGAAACAAGAUAACCACAUAAAGGCACAAAGUAAGGGUCCGCAGAAAAGAGGGAAUGUCCUGAACAACUUGGGAAAUAAUGCGCAGAAAAAAUAUGAAGCUCCAGUUCUGCGAAGCAGAAAUGUCGUGCAUGCUAAUAAAGAUGAUUGUUCCAAGGUCCACAACAACUCAUCAGAUAUCCAGGAAGCCGGUAAAGAUGAUGAGGAUAGUGAAAUAUGGCAUUAUCGAGAUCCAACAGGAAAGACCCAGGGGCCGUUUUCUAUGGUGCAGCUCCGCAGAUGGAAAUCUAGUGGCCAUUUUCCCCCUUAUCUUAGGAUAUGGAAAGCGCAUGAGAAUCAAGACGAGUCUGUACUUUUAACUGAAGCUCUUGCCGGGCGAUUUGAUAAAACCACUGCUACGCCAAGCUCCUCUAUGCUUCCCCAAGAACAAAAACCGUCUCCGCACGAUUCUGGACACACUGGCGUGGAUGUGAACUGUAUUCAAUAUAACCCUACGCCAGUCAACACCAGUGCAACCUCCUCUUCGUCCUCUACUGUUGGUGUCCUUGCUCACGAUCCAAAAGAGAAACAAAUUGAGGCUCUUGUAUCUAGCUCUGAAAAAGCUGAGGGUAGUAAUCCUGCUCAUCUCCAGCCUCAGGUUACUUGUCCGGCAUCAAUAUCUGUGGUUACUCCUGACGUAAGAGAAACUCCAGGAACUGAUCAAUCCCAUGCUGUGCGAGCAGAUGGUAAUCAUAGUACGAUUAAGACUGUGGAGGAUGGAACAAACGGUGGUUCUGUUUCCAUAAAUGGUUCUGUUCAUGCACCCAACCUAAAUCAAGAAAUCCAUUUCCCUGAUUUUCCCAGUCCUACACCUAAGUCGAGCCCUGAAGACUUGGAAGCUCAAGCGGCAGAGACUAUUCAGUCUCUGUCUUCAUGUGUUCUGAUCAAAGGACCAUCUGGUGUCACAUGGAGCACCACCACCACCGCAACCACCGAUGCUGCUACUACCACUUCAAGUGUUGUGGUCACUGGAGGACAACUUCUUCCCCAAGUAACUCAGCAGGAUGCUGUUGUUUUAGCUGAACCGUCUGUGAAGCCAAUUGAUUUGGCAGCUGAUCAUGCCACACCUACUCAGACUUCACACAACACCCAAGUGUCUCACUCAUCUGGGUGGCCGGCCAUUGUGGCUGACCCGGACGAGUGUGAUGAAUCAGUUUCAGAUCUAUUAGCCGAAGUUGAAGCAAUGGAGCAGAACGGUUUACCUUCUUCACCCACCUCCACAUUUCACUGCGAUGACGACGAUGAUUUGACAAAAGGGCCAGAAAAAGAUUUCUUCAACCCCGUGGCACGCAUGUCCCUCACACCUGAAACAUGCAGAAUGGAUCUCUCUCAGCCGAGUAUCCUCGACAAUGUCUCUGCCGGGAGAAGCUUAAUGGGCACAGAAGCAAAAGAUAACACUCCCUUCAGCCACUGCGAAACCGCUGGUCCUGAGCUCCUGCUCUUUGCACCGGCAGCGCCAGCUUCUACAAGUCACGACCUGACUCUCACGACAACAGCUCUCAGACUGGGAUCAGAAACCACAGCUGAAGCUGGAUCGGUCGAGAGGCUUCCCAAGUUUGUUUCGGGAGUUGGUUUGGAACCGAGUCCUAGGUCAUCAUCAUCACAUGACUCAGUCCGUGGAAACGCCGAGCGCAGUCCACGUGGAAGUGAAAGUCAGCAAAGGAGAUCCGGUGGGCAGAGCAGAGAACGGCAAUGGUGGAACAACGGUCACAGCAGUAGCUUCAACAACAGUCAUAAUAAUCGGCAAUGGCCAUGCAGCAGUAGCCAUGGGUAUGACCAUGGAUCAGGUUCGCACACAGCUCAUCCGCCCAAAGGGCUGAAAAUCUGUAAAUUUUAUGAGAGUGGAUACUGCAAAAAGGGGGCUUCUUGUAGUUUUUGGCACCCUUGAUUCUCAUUCAUUUCUUGUAUUUUGUAUUUAUUCUGGUUUAUCUAACACAUCUCGAACAUGCUUUUUUGUUACACCAAAGUUUAUGUACCCCAUAAGUCGCAUGUUUUAAGUAAUUAUUAAAGCUUCUUAUAUAACUUUUCAUUUAGAAAAGUUUUAAAAGUUACAACUUCUAUGUGAGAAUUUUUAC